UUAAGUCAACCUUUCGACGCUAUCAUGCCGUCCACGUAGGUUCACCGACCCUCGCCACCGGCUAUAUUACGCCGCGGCCCUUUCGUAUUCCGGCAGGGGAGAGCAGAGAAUUCAUCUGAUUGACCUGAAGCAAUCGAGGCUCUUCUUCUCUCCUCGCCUUCUACCUCCGCUGCUGGUAGCACUGUCGUCGGCUGCUGAGGGAAUUGUCUCGGGAUGGGUUCGAUCGCGGUGGAGGAGGAGGUUAUUUUCCGGUCCAAGCUGUCGGACAUCGAGAUCAAGAACGACAUUCCCUUGCACGCCUAUUGCUUCGAGCGGCUCCCCGAGUUCGCGGACCGCCCGUGCAUCAUCGACGGCGCGUCCGGGGUCGUGCUCACCUACGCGGAGGUCGACGCCGCGGCGCGGCGCUUCGCCGCGGGGCUCCUCCGGGCGGGCGUCGGCCGGGGGGACGUGUUCAUGAUCCUCCUCCGCAACUCCCCGGAGUUCGUGAUCGCUUUCCUCGCCGCGUCCCACGCCGGGGCCGUCGCCACCACCGCCAACCCCUUCUACACCCCCGGCGAGAUCCAUAAGCAGGCGGCGGCCGCGGGGGCGCGCGUCAUCGUCACGGAGUCGUGCUACGUGGAGAAGAUCCGUGAGUUCGCAGAGGAGCGCCGCGUGGGCAUCGUGACGGUGGACGACGACGGAGGCGUCGGCUGCCUCCGCUUCGCGGAGCUUCUUGCCGCGGACGCCGGGGAGCUGCCUGCCGCGGAGAUCGAUCCCGACGACGUGGUGGCGCUACCGUACUCGUCGGGCACCACGGGGCUGCCCAAGGGCGUGAUGCUGACGCAUCGGAGUCUAAUCACCAGCGUCGCGCAGCAGGUGGACGGCGACAACCCCAAUCUGUACUUCCACGAAGACGACGUGCUCCUGUGCGUGCUGCCGCUGUUCCACAUCUACUCUCUCAACUCGGUGCUCCUCUGCGGGCUCCGGGUGGGUGCCGCCAUCCUCAUCAUGCGGCGAUUCGAGGUGGCGCCGCUGCUGGAGCUGGUGCAGCGGUACAGGGUGACGGUGGCUCCGGUGGUGCCGCCCAUCGUGCUGGAGCUGGCCAAGAGCCCUCUGAUGGACGGGUACGACCUGUCCUCCGUACGGAUGGUGAUGUCCGGCGCCGCGCCGAUGGGCAAGGAGCUCGAGGAGAAGUUCAUGGCGAAGCUCCCCAACGCGCGGCUCGGGCAGGGUUAUGGGAUGACGGAAGCCGGGCCGGUGCUAUCGAUGUGCUUGGCGUUCGCGAAAGUGCCGUUCGAGGUGAAGUCCGGCGCUUGCGGCACCGUGGUGCGGAACGCGGAGAUGAAGAUCGUGGACCCUGACACCGGCGCGUCGCUCGGGCGCAACCUGCGCGGCGAGAUCUGCAUCCGCGGAUCCCAAAUCAUGAAAGGUUAUAUCAAUGAUGUAGAGGCCACAAACAACACCAUAGACAAGGAUGGUUGGCUGCACACAGGAGAUAUAGGCUUUGUGGACGAUGACGAUGAGGUCUUCAUCGUCGAUAGGCUGAAGGAGAUAAUCAAGUACAAAGGCUUCCAGGUAGCCCCAGCCGAGCUUGAAGCACUACUUAUCACCCAUCCGAACAUCGCCGAUGCUGCGGUAGUCCAGAUGAAAGAUGAAGCAGCAGGGGAAGUUCCUGUUGCUUUUGUUGUGCGAUCGAACGGGUCACAAAUCACUGAGGAUGAGAUCAAGCAAUACAUUUCCAAGCAGGUGGUGUUCUACAAAAGGAUCAACAAGGUUCUCUUUACCGAUGCCAUUCCGAAGGCGCCCUCUGGUAAAAUUUUGAGAAAGGAUCUCAGAGCAAAGCUAGCAGUUCUUUUUCCAUGAUGCCAUCCGUUUCGAUGUCACAAAUACAUCAUCAUCUUAAAUCUUUAAUUUCUUCCCUGCUUUUGUGUUGUUGGUCUGAACAUGUUCGGAUUGGUGCUCUGAUACCAAGAGAAACUAUUGGUUUAUUAUUUGCUAUACAAAUUGAGUUUGUAUUA